AUGGCCGAUAUGGACGAAUUUGCACAAACUCGCGGUGCAGAUGACCUGUUCGACGAUGAAAUCAUACCUGUUUCUGCGGAGGAGCAGCAAGUGCAGACGGAGGUGAUUGUGAUUCCGGAACCGGAGCCGGAGCCUUCGCCAACGCAAGAAAAGUCACAGGCUGAGAAACAGUCUUCUCCGCGUGGGGAGCCUUCGCAACGGGGUCGUGGGAGUGACCGAGGUCGUGGUCGGGGACGUGGUAAUCGAGGGAAGGGCGGAGGCGGCACACCGCGUGGUCUCGAGAACUCGAGAUGGGCUGAUUCUAAGCCAGCGGAGAGUACACCUCCAAGCAAAGCUACACCCCCAAGCAAAGCUACACCAUCGAGCAAGGUCACACCUCCGAGCAAAGCUACACCUCCGAGCAAAGCGCCCGUAGCACCGGCGGAGCCUGAAAUAAGCCAAGACGCCACAAAUGAUACACCGGAAAAACCGCUGGAGAGCGAGAAGACACAAGCUGUUCAAGAUGACGAUAGCAAGAGUGAGACAGGGAACGGUGCCGAGGCGCAACGUGUUCCAGCCGUUCGUGGUGAUCGCAGUGCGACAGGAGGAAUUAGAAAGCCUAAACUCACCGAAGAAGAGCUCUCAAAACGUAUCACCGCAGCCAAAGAAAAUGCCGCUAAGAAAGCCGCGGCCCACGCCCGAGCAGAAGCAGACCAAGCUUCAUUCAUGGAGCGUGAGCAGGUCGCAGCUAAGAAACGACGCGAAGAACUUGCUCACCGGAAGGUAAUGGACAACGAGCGCGAGCAGAAUCGACAGCGUAAACUGAAAUCUCAGACGGGCCGCGAGUGGGAUUUGGAGAAACAAGAGGAGGACUACAACCCGCGAGGUGGUGGCAGCCAGUUCCGUCGAGGAAUGCACGGCGGUGUAUCUGGUGUUGCACGACGGGAUUUCGAUGAAGGUCGAUCAGAUGAUUCCGGUAAUCUAGGUCAAGGUAGCCCUGGUCGCGGUCGCGGCCGUGGUGGACGUGGUGGCCGGAGUCGUGGUCCUUCUCGAGGUCCACGCGGAGACCGUUCAUCUUCAAAGGGCCCGUCCGAGCAAACAAAUUCAAAGACACAGACACCUGCCGUGAAGGAUGAGUCUGAGUUCCCCUCUUUACCUGCUGGAAAGGCGCCGGAGAAGUCAGAGACCCUUGAACAGCCCAAACCAGCUGUCAAGCCCGUUCCUUCAAUGGAAACCCUCGAGGCUACUAUGUCACCAGUUACUGGCACUUGGGCCGAUCAAUUUGACGAGGAGUGA